GCGCCCGCUCGGCACGGCCCGGCACGGUCCCGCACGGCCCCGCACGGCCCCGCACCGGCCCCGACCAUGGCGAGGCGCCGCCGGGCCCCGCGCCGGAGCGGCGGGGGGCGCUGACCCGGCCCCGCCCCGGCCCCGGCGGACCCUCCGCGCCGCCCCCCUUGUCCCGUGCUAUGAGCGUUCGGCGUGACUUCUCCGCAAGCAGCUGCAAAUGAAAAUGGAGGAUAUGUCUUUGUCUGGCCUGGAUAACAGCAAGCUGGAGGCCAUCGCACACGAGAUUUACACGGAGCUGGUGGAGGAUGCGUGCCUGGGGCUGUGCUUCGAGGUGCACCGGGCUGUCAAGUGCGGGUACUUCUUCCUGGAUGACACCGACCCCGACAGCAUGAAGGACUUCGAGAUCGUGGACCAGCCGGGCGUGGACAUCUUCGGGCAGGUGUACAACCAGUGGAAGAACAAGGAGUGCGUGUGCCCCAACUGCAGCCGCAGCAUCGCCGCCUCCCGCUUCGCCCCUCACCUGGAGAAGUGCCUGGGCAUGGGCCGCAACAGCAGCCGCAUCGCCAACCGCAGGAUCGCGAGCAGCAACAACCUGAACAAGUCAGAGAGUGACCAGGAGGACAACGAUGACAUCAAUGACAACGACUGGUCCUAUGGCUCUGAGAAGAAAGCAAAGAAGAGGAAAUCGGAUAAGAACCCCAACUCGCCCCGCAGGUCCAAAUCCCUGAAACACAAAAAUGGUGAGAUCGGCGGGAACCCCGAUCCUUUCAAGUACAGCAACUCUGCUGGCAUCAACUACGAGACGCUGGGCCCCGAGGAGCUGCGGACGCUGCUCACCACGCAAUGCGGGGUCAUCUCCGAACACACCAAGAAGAUGUGCACCAGGUCCCUGCGGUGUCCCCAGCACACGGAUGAGCAGCGCAGGGCAGUCCGGGUUUACCUCCUCGGGCCCUCCGCGUCCCUGCCCGAGGCCGAGGGCGGCGUGGAGAACGACAGCUUCGAGGUGGCCGAGAGCCAGGCCCUGAUGAGCCGCCUGCAGUGGGACGGCUCCUCCGACAUCUCCCCCUCCGACUCGGCCUCCUCCAAAGCCAGUACAAACAACUCCGAGUCCCGCAAGACCAAGAAGAAGAAGCCGCACCUGGGGCUGGUGAGCGGCGCCCCAGGACUCGGCUCCAGCAAGAAGAAGAAGCCCAAGCCCCCCGCCCCCCACACCCCCAGCAUCUACGAUGACAUCAACUGAGCCCCCCGAGCUGGGGAGGGGCAGGACGGACAGAGGGACGGACAGGGGCCAGGACAGCCCCCGGGCCGGACACACGGCGGGUACCAGAGCACGGAGGGCUCGGCCCUCACUGGAGUGGGGCUGGGUUUGGGGAACCCCCGUGAGUGCCCCCCCUCCUCCCCUGCCCCGGUGCCUCUAUUUAUUCUGUGACAGUUUUUGUAUUGGGGCUCCCCUUGGGGCGCCUCCCUCGGACGUGGGGUACAGCCCCCCCUCCCUCCCAGCGCCCCCAAAGCCAGCUGUGCCCCCCACACCCGCUCCUCACUUACCCAAUGGGGUGGGGGGCACCUGGGCAGGGCCGGGCCUGGGUCAGGGCGUUGUGAACCCCCCCUGCCCGGGGGUUUUGGGGUGAGCCCCCCACUCUGGGGCUGCCCCCUCCCUGCCCGGGCUGGCACUCGCUGGUCGGGCUGGCUCAGGAGGGGGGGUCACGCUGGAGGGGGAGUUUCCCCUCAGAGGACUGGGGGGCACCUCUCACCCCCCAGUCUGUUCAGCUGUGCCUGCACUCAGCUGUUGGGGGUCCUGGGAGCCUGGCAGUGCCCACACAGGGGGUCACAGGGGGCUGCAUGCUGCAUCCUUCAUGUUUGGGGCUGUUUGGGGUGGGUCUGGGGGUGGGGGGAGCUGCUGUGACCAUCCCUGUGCCAAACUGGGGAAGGGGGACCCCAACCUGCCAGGGCCCUGCUGGGGGGAGCUGGGAGUGGAGCAGAACUGGGGGGGAAGCACAGCCAGGCCUCAGCAGAGCCCCCCACUCCUCGUGUCCCCGGGGCAGCUCUGUGUCCCCUCUGCGUGUGCCUGAGGGGGGGUCACUGUUUGCACCCCCACAGGCUCUGCUCAGUUUGGGGGGCCGGGGCCAGCGCUCCGCUGUGCGGGCCGGGGGGGACAGGUCCCUCUGGCUGGAUCCAGGUCACCCCUGCCCUGUGAUCCCUCCUGCAGCUGCUCUCCAGCCCCGGGGCUGUGCUGGGGACAGGGUUGGCUCCAUCCCUCCGUUGUCCCCCAAGGCUGGCUGACCCCCGUUUGGCCCUGUGUCCGGGAGGGGCUGUGUCUGUCCCCCCACCCCGGUGCCGUGGCUCGUCCUCUGGCUGGGACUCACAAACUAUGGUGCUCUCGACUCUGGAUUCACUAUUGUUUUCAAACUGCUGCUAAAGGCUGGGCUGGGGGUCCUGCAGAGCCCUGGGCACCCCUGAAUGCUGCGGGGGCCCCCCACUGCAGGGGGACCCCCGUGUGUCCCUCCUGGUGCAGCUGCGGGGCGGGGGGCUCUGGCCACUGGAGCAUGCCGAGCUGGCCUUCGCGUGCCCCGGGGCCGAGGACGGGGCUGUGGGCACCCAAAAACUCGGGGGACCACCCCAACCUGCCUGGGGGGGCGUGGGGGGAGGCAGCCUGAGCCCCCUCAGCUGCAGGAGAGGCGCUGCAAUUUGGGGUCCAAGGGGUGCAGUGGGGCUUGGGGGGCUCAGCCCGUGCCCUGUGACCCCCCCCAGGUUGGUGUCCUCACCCCCCCCGGUUUUUCUGAGUGUCCCCCCGCGGGGGAGCUGAGCCCUUGUGAGGUCUGUGUGUCCCGUGAGUGGGUUGUGGCUGCCCCUGUAAAUAAAACUGCAUCUUGACUUGGUA